UGUUUAUCAUCUUGCCCAUUCAUUUCCCCAAUUUGUUUUCAACAGUUAGAUAAUAUGUGAAUUUGAUUAUGGCUUAAUGGGUUUUAUUGAUUCCAUCAGAACACUCUCUCUCUCUCUCUCUCACAGAAGCUCCAUAACACAAACUCCACAGCACCGAAGCUCCACAACAUAAGCUCCACAGCACCCCGAAUUUCGUCUUUAUCAAUCACAGAAGCUUCACCGUCCACCCAUAUAUAUUGUGUUGGGGGAUAUAUAUGCAGAGUUCCUUUUGUUAAUUGCAUUGUCCAUGGCCAAUUCUUUGAGGAAGGUAGUGUCAAGUGUAAUCCUUGACUUGGAUGGUACACUUCUAAACACAGAUGGCAUUGUAAGUGAUGUUUUAAAAGUUUAUUUGGUUAAGUAUGGGAAGCAAUGGGAGGGAAAAACAGCUCAAAGAAUUGUAGGAAAGACACCUUCAGAGGCUGCAGCUGCAAUUGUGGAAGAUUAUGAGCUUCCCAUACCAACGGAUACACUUAUGUCAGAAAUUUAUCCACUGUUCUGUGAUCAAUGGGGCAGUAUCAAAGCCCUUCCCGGUGCCAAUCGGUUAAUCAAACAUUUGAGGGGCCAUGGCGUCAAAAUGGCAUUGGCUUCAAAUUCCCCUAGGGCAAACAUUGAGGACAAGAUAUCUUACCAUCCUGGCUGGAAAGAAUCCUUCUCUGUCAUCAUUGGCGGUGACCAAGUAACUGCAGGAAAGCCAUCUCCUGAAAUAUUCCUUGAAGCAGCUAAAAGGUUGAACAGUGAUCCUUCCAGCUGUCUUGUCAUUGAAGAUUCAAUACCAGGUGUUAUGGCUGGUAAGGCUGCUGGAAUUGAAGUGGUUGCUGUACCAUCUCUUCCAAAACAAUCCCAUCUUUACACUUCGGCGGAUGAGGUGAUCAACUCUCUUCUUGAUUUGCGACCUGAAAAGUGGGGCCUGCCUCCAUUUCAAGAUUGGAUAGAGGGUACUUUACCAAUAGAACCAUGGCAUGUUGGCGGUCCUGUUAUUAAAGGAUUUGGUCGUGGGUCAAAGGUGCUUGGAAUCCCUACAGCUAAUUUGUCCACAGAAGGGUAUUCUACUCUCCUUUCAGAACAUUCCUCGGGGGUCUAUUUUGGUUGGGCUGGAUUAUCAACACGAGGUGUUUACAAGAUGGUCAUGAGUAUUGGCUGGAAUCUAUAUUUUGACAACACUGAGAAGACCAUAGUGAGUACAGUGUGGAUUUUGGUGGUAACCUAAGCAAAUCCUUAUAUUAGUUCCUAAAUCAUGUUUAUAAUUUUAGGAGCCGUGGUUGCUUCAUGACUUUAAUGAGGAUUUCUAUGGAGAAGAAUUACGUCUUGUUAUUGUAGGCUAUAUACGGCCUGAGGUAUCAUAUAAACCUAGGCUGCUACUCCUUUCAGUUGUUUCCAUCCCUCUAAUCCUUGUUUCAAGUUUACUGAUAGCGAGCUUGGAAAAUGACAGGCCAAUUUCCCAUCCCUUGAAAGCCUGAUUGCAAAAAUUCAUGAGGACAGGGAAAUUGCAGAGAGAGCUCUUGAACUUCCUUUAUACUCGAAGUGCAGGGACGACCCGUAUCUGAAAAGUGCUUUGCCUGUGGGUGACAGUCAUUUAUAGCUUUUGAAAUUUGAUUUUUGGAUCCCAUUGCCUGUGGGAUUGCCUAUAAUCUCUCAUUGGAAAGGAAAAGAUUGUGACAAUAAUACUCCACCAGUUAUCAGAUUUUAUGCAAGGCCUACAAUGACAGAUGGGUGUUACGAGAAAUACCGGAAAGGUGGAGGCAAAUUUUUUUUCAAGAAUUGCACAUUUCGAGUUAUAUUCGAGAAAGGAAGAUGGGAAGAAAUUUAGUGACACAAAAUAAUUUAUCGAGUGUGUUUAUGUAACGCAAGGAGUGACAUUUGAUCAUUGCUGAUGAUUUUGGUUAGUCAUGUGUUACACUAUCCUUAUUUAUGCCACUAUCAUAACUAUAAAUUUUUCAUUUUUGACUUCAAUUUAUUGUAUUUUAGCAUUUGCUGGUGCUUCCAUGCGAAUUUAACAUGA